AGAUAAAUGUUUUAUUUUCCCUCACUUCAUUCAUUCCGUACGAAUCCGUUGGCUUAUCCGAGAGCCGGAAUUUGAGGCCGAGCUAUGGCGGAGGCGGAGGCGGAGGUGGAGGUGGGCGAUGCGAGCGCCGAGAAGGGAGCGCCGACGCCUCCGGAUAAGGCUAGGGCGGACGACCCGGAGGUCGUCUGUGUCGAGCUACCGGCGCCCGCAGGAUGGACGAAGAAGUUCUUACUGAACGAGGAUGCAAGUCCAAGAAAGAAUGAGAUUGUGUUCAUAUCGCCAACUGGUGAGGAGAUUAAGAAUAAGAGACACUUACAGCAAUACUUGAAGUCACAUCCUGGAGGUCCUCCUUCGAGUGAAUUUGACUGGGGAACUGGUGACACUCCAAGGCGUUCUGCAAGAAUUAAGGAGAGAGCUAAGCCAGUAGAUACCCCAGAAGAUGAGAAGCCAAAAAAGCGAGAAAGGAAAUCAAGUUCGAAGAAAGCAACAAGAGACAAGAAGGAUAAUGAAGAUCGAUUUGAUGCCACUUCGGAGGCAAAAGAGAAUGUUGUGACAGAAGAAGCUAAAGCAUCAACUGAUGUGGAAAUGCUGGAUACUGAAGAUGAAAACAAGGUCAAAGCUGAAAAUGAAAACAAGGUUAAUUGUGAAGCUUUAACAACUGGGACUGAAGUAAAUGAGGUUAUUGCUACCGAGGAGAUCGCAGUGAAUGAGGAUACCUCUGUGAAAGUUGUGAAUGAGGGUGCAGACGAGCCAAAUUCAACCUUAGAAACUGGCAGAAACGUUCAAGAGAAAACUGCUGCUAAUUUGGGGAACAAUGAUACACAAACAGCAACUGAAGCUGAUAAGCCAGCUGACUCAAACGUAUCGCUUCUGCCAGACGGCUCAAAAAAUUGGUCAGCAACUAAAGACAACGAAGGGGAUCCAACAGGGAAUAAUAUUCAGGAGGAUUCGGUCUCUGCUGUCCCCAAGGAUGUUCCUUCGGGGAACAGUGGUGAUGCACAGCAUUUGCCCAAGGCUUCUCCUAUUAAAACUUAGUAUAUUGUCAUCUAGACCAUGGUUUCUUGAUUCUAGGUUUUAGCGCCAUCUUUUGGACUGUUUGUAGUAUGAACUUGUAACUAGCGCAAAUAUGCUGCUACUCCACUAAAUGUUAUGACCAUAUAUGCAUGAAUCUUCUGCAUGUCCUGUAGGUAGAUUGUAAUCUUACCGUGAAACUUAUUUCUGAUCUGAUACUCGGUUGUCAAUGCAUGAUUUGUAUUUAACUUUCA